GCCUCUCGCACCCUCUCAAACUAUGCUCUGUGCAACACGACGGGUUGACUCCAUCAGGCUCCGUGGACGAAAUUCGUCGACGCUGCUAGGGGUAGAAUACAAAGUCAAGAGCUGGGUCGGGUAACGCCAGGAAUCGUGGCAUCUCUCCCCGGUAGAUUGCCACUUCGGAAUCCUGGAUAUCGGAGAAUUAUUACACAGUUUAGAACGCGGAUCGAAACGAUCAAAAGACGUGGGGAUGGUUCCAGGUUGCGGGUGCGACGAGCUCCAAGGGUGAAGGGUGGUGCUGCGUGGCGCUGGGACUGGGACUGGGACUCGGAAGGAUGUUUUCUUUCAGGGGGGACCAGCUCUGAUCACUUAUGGGGAGCGCCGAGAGUUAAUCUCGAGGUCAGUGAGAGUUUUGUGGACAGGUUGGGCGCGAAGCGUAGCAGUCGAAGUGUCAAACCCCGCCAUCCAUGUCGGUGUGGGGUUGCUGCUGCUGCUGCACCGUCGUCGACUGCGCAGUACCUUGACCAUGAACUCUGAACUCAACUUCAGUUCGGAAGCGCGCCGCUCUCGAGCUCCAUGGCGGAUUCCUGCAGCCUCCCAAUUGAUGUUGUGAUGAGGUUUUAGGAGUGUUUGCCUGGGUGGGAGUUUUGAGCGGUUCUAAAUUAAGGCUUCUCAGUGAGAAUUUUUCUGUUCAGUAGUGCCACAUUGAAAUUGUAUCCGUGAGUCUUUGUCUGUAUCUCUAUUUUAGUCUCAUUCCUAAUUUUUUUUUUUUUUUUUUUUUUUUUUUUUUUGUUUCUUCUUCUUCUUCUCUCUCCGUGUGUGUGUGUGUGUGUCUCGUUAAUUUGUUUUUUGAAGUUUAGUGAGGAAUGCAAGAGCACCCUGUGAGGUAUGAGCCAAACGGCUGGCAAGGCUCAUGUAAGUGAGAGUUUAGUUAUCGACAAGAAAUCACGGAGAAUUGAGAAGAAUCUCAAACACGGAGAGUUUAAGCAUGUUCACUUGACGAACAAUAUUCACAUCAAGCGCCACUUUCACUUGCUCUUGCAGAGAGCGCACAGCGGUCUUAUGGUGGAUGGCCAGCGGACGCCGUUACCACAAUUACCUCACAUGAGGGAGUUGACAGCUCUGCGGAAGGCACGAGCCUUGAAAGAUCCGGGGAGUAAUUCCUCUGUCUCCUCUGGCAGUAAGAAGGCGAAAUUAAAAACCUUGAUUGGCGAUCCUCACCAAGAUGCGCAAGCGCUCGCUAUCGAGCUGUCGGGAAAACUUGCGAAGUCAGCAAAACUUCCUUCCCAGGGCGAUGGUGGGAGCCUUCAAGUAUCGAUACAACGAAAAAUUCAAGCAGAUAAAAGUGUCAACAUAGACAAACAGCCCAAAAGGGGCGUGUCAAAGAAAAUGGCAUCCAAGGAAGCUCCGUCUCCAGGCAAUGACCAGAAAGAUGGCGUGCGGAAUCCAGUGAAGGUGGAUGUCAGAGAGAGAAUUAAACAAAUUGAGCAGUCUUUUGCUGGAUCCACAUCGGGGACUUAUUCCGGGGAGUUGCGAAAGGAGGAACUUCUCAAGCAACUGAAAACUCGGGAGCGAUUGCCGGGAGAAGUAGAGAAAGACCUGGAGAACAUUCCUAGGUCAGACGAGAGAUGGGAAUCUGGGCCUGCCCGACGAGAAGAGCUUGCGAGGAGAGUAAUCGAUGAGCGCGGCUUCUCUAUGUCUUCUCUGUCACAGCUUCUGGGGAAUCAUGUCGGAAGUAGUCGGAGCGGGUUUAACUUCUUGGGCACGUUGGGUGAUAAAGAGCGUCGUAGCGAUCGCGGUGGCGAGAGUGCGUUCGAGACUGAUGCGGACGACGCCAAUCUCGUGAAGAGGGAGACGACGCGACCGAAGCCUGCAACCUUGAAUCCUGCAUCGCCGACACAUUUGGGCUCAGCGUCGCGUGGGAAAGAGGACCUUAAGAAGCCAAAGCCUGGAAUCGCUCGUGGCCGGCGGAAGCUCAGGCCAAGAGAGAGGAAUACCCAUUUAACUCGAGUCAGGACUGGUAAAGCUGCAGCGGGCUCAAAGAAUGGAGUUCCGCUUCGUGGCGCUGUUGUCAUAGACGAUGAGCUCGAUGUCUCUGAACUCCCACCGCAAACCGAAUUUACAGUUCCGUGGGAUUCGUCUCGGAUACACAGACAUGGCGAUAGAGCUUAUAUUGACGUGACUGAUUUGGCACGGGCGGUUUCAGAGUCGAGAAGGCGUCACGGAUCUGAUUCUCUAUUGAGUGGGCAGAAUCCCCCGGAUGAGCAGUCCAUUUCUUCGCUGGAUUCAGACGCGAACGCAUUGCCAUUCAUAAUCGGCGAGGAAACACUUGAUAGCGAUGGUGGGGGGUAUUACAUUGACACGAUGAGGUCUCGAGAGGUUCCGCAGAAGCAAUGGCAGAGGAAUCGUCGGGUAUUGCUUCAAAAUGCCGUCAAGGAUGUUCCAGUUGUAGAAGCAGCCUCCACGAGCGGGUCGAAAGUAGAGGCACCAUCAGAUGGGAAUCGAACGCUGACACUCAAGUAUAGACCCAAGAAUUUCAAGGACAUUGUGGGUCAACCCAUGGUCGUGAAGAGCCUGUCGAGCGCGAUCAUGAAACGGAAAGUGGCCCCGGUGUAUCUGUUCAUGGGUCCCCGUGGGACGGGCAAGACCUCGGCUGCUAGAGUGUUGGCAGCAGGGUUGAAUUGCGAGUCGUUGGACUAUUCAACACGCCCGUGUGGACUUUGCCGGGAGUGUGCGACAAUGGUGCUUAACCGGAACACAGACGUGCGACAGAUUGAGGCAGCCUCGAAUGUGGACAUGGCGAGUCUGAAAGCUAUGAUGGGCAGCUUGAAGCCACACGCUCGCUACAAGGUGAUCAUCGUCGAGGGGUGCGAUUUGCUGAAUACCGACAUAUGGAAUGCGUUUUUGACAUUAUUGGAAGAGCCCCCGAAAGAUGUGGUGUUUGUCCUCAAUACCACGGAUGCGGAGCGCAUCCCGGCGACUGCAACUUCGCGAUGCCAGAAGUUCCAUUUCUCCAAAGUGAGUGAAGCAGAUAUCGUAAAAAGGCUUGAAUACUUGGCUGAGAAGGAGGGUUUGCACGUCGAGGCGGGCGCGUUGUCGCUAAUUGCGGCGAGAUCAGACGGGUCGCUUCGAGAUGCUGUAAUCCUUCUCGAUCAAGUAUGCCUUUUGGACAAGAAUGUGUCGGUGGAUUUAGUUCGAGAGGUUGGUGGCCUUCCCCCGGUGAACAAGAAUUUGGAUUUGCUGGACUUUGCUCUCUCAGCCGACACUAUCAACACAGUUAAGACCUUGCGAGAAGUGCUGGCCUCCAGUGUAGAACCUCUCAGGCUCGUCUCUCAAUUGGGCGGCUUAAUUACUGACAUUCUCGCUGGCAGCCUCGAAGUGGACCGAGGCAGUCGGAAAGAUGGAUCCUUCUUCAAUCGGAAUUUCUCUGCGAAGGUAGAGCAACAUCGGCUACGACAAGCGCUCAAGGUUCUGUCGGAAGCUGAACUGCAAUUGCGAGGAGCAGGCGAUAAAGCAACCUGGCUGACAGCCGCGCUUUUGCAGUUUGCACCCGAUAGGUCAUUUCUUCCCUCCGAAGCAAGUACGGAUGUGGCACUAACAAGCGCGAGACCAUCCACCAGUCUCCCCGUUUCCAAGACAGAGCAUCUAUCGAUGAACGAACCCGAGUAUCAGGCUCAAGUUACAGAAUCUAUAAGGACAGUUCAAACUCCCCAACCAGACAAGCGAAGGCCGAAGAAAUCCUCUGCCAAGGUUCCAGAAGAGGACGGUGGGAUGUCCUUGUCGGAGCAGAAAUUGGAAGAAGCUUGGGGUAGGGGGCCAGCUCAACAAAAGUCGAUGGAUAAGCAUGUCGGAGAGACUUCAGAACCACUCAGACGUGCGUCAGAGACGACGUUAGGGUUUCAGAUAUUUCGAGACGAUGAAUUGGUGGAGCUUUGGAGGGCAGUGCUCUGGAACAUCACGUCGAGGAAUUUGAGGCAGCUACUACAGACUCAUGGGCAACUUGUUGCAGGAGGCGUCGCCAGUGAUGGGUCAUUGGCUGUUGUGUCAUUGGAGUUCGACCAUCCGCGUGAUAAGUACAAAGCGGAGCGGUCAUGGAGGACCAUCUCCUCUACCUUUCAAGCCGUGCUCAACACUGAUGUUGAGCUUCAAAUUAGUUUGAGCAACAACCCUCUCGACAAUGCUGCGCUUGCACGUGCUGGUGAACCUCUGGCCGACGCACAGCCGGGUCCAUCCACUCAUCACGAGGACUUGGAGAUCGUGACUGAGGAUUCUAAUGCUGAGCAACCUGGACCAUCUACUCAACAACCGCAUAAAAACAAGGGUGUUGUAGAUGAUGAUUCCAUCGCUCAUGGUGCCCAUGUGCAGGAUGCGCAGGGAGCGCAUUCACCUAGUCAUCAGAGACGAGCCACUAAAACCCGAAGGCAUCGUCAAGUAUCCUCUACCACAGAGGGGUUAGAGAUUCAACCGGAUAUUCAGCAGCAGUCAGAGCCAGAGGGCAUUACUCCUCGCCGGUCGCCACCGAUUCGGAGACGGGGAGGGAGACGAUCCGGGGAUGCAAAGGCAGCAAGCUCUAAAGGAACCAAGACAGCCAUUCAUGUGCGGGAGAUAAGGGUGGCUUCAAAAGAUUCCAGCAGUUUCGGUAGCGUAGGUGGUGGCAGAAGACCUCCCAAAGACGAGAAACCAUUGAGCACCACGUUCGAGGAUCGUCUAGGCGAGGUUGAAGAUCUACAUCCAGCUCAGAGAAACAGCUCGCAGCAGCAAAAUGACAGCGAAGCGCCAGCAAGACCUGACAUCCGCAAUAGCACGGUCGAUGCUCAGCGUGGAUUACCGAGAGAAAGUUCCUUGUGCUGCAGGAGAGCAUCACCUCAGCACGGCGUUUUGAUGCGGAAGUCCAGGGUGAAGAGCUUGCACAAGGCGAAAGGGAACACUCUGUUUCUCAGACUAGUCCCUUGCGCCAAAUCCAAAGUAGCAGGGAAUCCCACACCAGCUCCCGUGGCCCCUUGACUAACUCGCAGCUGCUUGCUCCUUCAUGAAGUAUACCUCUUCGAAAUUCAAGCUUCGGAGCGACAAAUCCCCAGCAGCCAAAUCCCACGGUCCGGGAUCCUAUAGGCGCUUCCAGUGCAUCGAUCACAUGCUUCGAUGCUACACUUCCAAUUUGCAUCAAUCUGGCCACCUCGCGGCUGCUAGCAGCCGUGAUUCAUGUGACGGAGGACGAAGUUGUGCUCUUUUGGAGAGAAGAAGCCCGCUCGGAUAUGGAAAACGGAACUUGAUUGCACAGGAUGGCGCGUUUUAAAUAUUUAAUUUUUUUUUUUCGUUUUUCUGCGGGGACAAUAUGGCACCCCCCCCCCUUUAAAUUUUAUUAUUAUUAUUAUCAUUAUGGUUAACGCCCUCAUACAUGGGCAUCAAGUCUCGAGUCAGACUUGGUGACAACACCGCUUGUACAAUAUUGCAGCAGCGGAUAGGUAAGCUUCAUUCUUAAGCAACAGACAAAGUCUUUAAUAACGCCUUCCAUGGAAGCAGUGGAUCUCAUGGAUACCAUCUCUCAUGUGGUGCUUAAGCGUAGCAUCGAAGUUCCCGAGUUCAUGGUUGUGGUGGGGAGACUUCAAGCGUAGGAACGAUAUUCUUUUGGAACAAGGCUAAACUUCGCAAGGAGAAACAGGCCAGUGGCCGUUGUAGUUUACCUCGUCAAUCGGUAAAUGAAGGAUGAUCAGCAAGUUCUCAGGAACAGCAUUUCUCGGAAUCACAAGAGGGAACAUCAGAAUCCGCAAAGCUGCAUUGAUUGCUACGAUCGAUUCAAGGAACAGUGAUGCGGUGAGCUGGCGGUUACAUCGCAAGUUCUCUCCACGCUCAUGAGCUUCAACGCCGCAGUAGCGGAACAGCUCACAUUUGUUGCAGAAAAUAGUAUUGUCAUGGGUAGGGACAGCAACGCUACGUAAGUAGACAUCUUAGACACAUGUUUCUGUACACUGGUAGGAGAAAUUCAAAGCUCUAAUCAAUUUGCACGACUGCUCUA